UUCCUCUCUCCCCGUACAGAUAAUCAUUAAACAUUAACCCACUCCGUCUAUGAGUAAAAGGCCUAACAAUCUGUGUAGCCAUUUUGUAGCUAACUUCAAAUUGAUGAAAAAAUUGAGGUUAUGGUCAAAAUUGUGGAAUCUUGCUAAAUAUUAUUUUUAUAUAAAUCCUAUAAUGUCCAAUAAAAAUAAUCCUGCUCCUGGAGACGGUUUGAGAUCUGUGAGAACUACUACGCUGUUUAGAGCAGUUAACUUUGAAUUAUAUACGAAACCAAAUAUCUUCAUAAUGGGACUAGGUUUGGUGGCUAUUACAGGAUGUGCAGGAUACAUCGCCUAUAUGAGAAGUAAAUAUGAAGGACUAGGAUUUUAUGGAGCAAUUAAAGAAGAUGGUACUGAGCAAUUUGAAAAGAAAAAAUCAAAAUGGGAGUAAUCACAAAAAUAAUGUGUA